UAGUAUGAUUGUGUUUAAGGUAAAAAAGACAAAUGGGGAUAUAUUUCCCCCAAAACAUGUUCUAUAUAAUGGUAGUUAUUAGAGAGGGUUUUUACCAAUUUUCGCAGUAUAGCGAUAUUAUCGAUAUCGUGAGCCAUGUAUCGCGUAUCGUAUCGUGAUGUACCCAGUGAUUCCCAGCCCUAAUAAUUAUCAUCCGAAGCAGGUGUUUAGGCUAUUAUUGAUGAAGGAGGAAGCCUGCGCUCCUGGUUUUAAGGCACAGAGAGACAGAGUGACGCUCCUGUGCAUCAUGAAGUGUGAAGUCUUUUGUUCUGGAUUAAAACAUCUGCAUGUGGGGCAUUCUCUGUAUUUGCAGAUUCAGCAUAUUUGCGGAUGUCUGUGGUCACUAACCCCCUGAAUAAUGGAGGAUUAAAAUACUUGAAUUCUCCAUGGCAAUGGAUCCUUAUGAACUUUCUUCAUAAACACAGCAGAUUUUAAAACCAUUGAAUAAUUUUCUAACCAAUUAGAUUAUAUGAUAAGGUUGUUUGAUCCUGGAGUCCAUGUUUAAUAACGAUUAUUUUAGCCUUUUUUUUCUUUAUAAGUUUGUAUUGAUUUAAGUGACCUGUUUUAGGUAUUUCCCCAUCUUUCAAGACAAUAACCUUAGUAUGGCAAAAUUAUUGAGCACAUGCAGAAUAUAAAUGGUGUGUUUUCACCAUCAAACUUAAAUUUUUUAGCCAUCUUGUUUUGUACACAUUUAAUAUGAGAUUUCCAGCAAAUCCUACUAAUGACUUUGAAGCCCAAAAAUGUAAUUUUAUAACCUCUCUCCAUAUUAAUUACUUUGAAAAAAAACUGACAUUUUGCUUCUUUGUAGGCAAUACAUGCACUCCUUCAAUGAGUCCCUGCAAAAGUUGAUUUACAUGGGCCUGCUGCAGUUUGGGGCUGGAAAAAAGUUCAUGGAGCGAGACCAGGUUUUUGUGUACCUGAAGCGCAAUGCUACUAUCGUUGACACCACCAACACAGAACCUCACUACUGGCUGGUCACAGAACCGCCGGACAAACCCUUCGAGAGGCGCCGCUACACCUUCAACACCAUAGAGGAUGUAGACAGCUUUUGGUUUGACCUGAUGUGCAUCUGCCUCAAUACGCCUUUAGGAAUCAUUCGUAAAAGAAGAAAGGGAUCGGAAGAGGAAGCCCAUGUGGAUGAGUUCCGCAAGGUGCAAGACCGCAAAGUGUUUCUCAAACUGGCACAUCUGCUUCGGUGGGUGAGGUUUGAGAUCUAAAGAAAAGCGAUUCCUCCUGCAAAAUGUUGGUUAAAAAGAAAUUUAUUGUUUUAUUUUAAAGACCCACUGGGAUUUUAACGAUUUUAACAUAAUAAAAUUUAAGAUGAUUUUUUUUUUCAAAUUGUAAUGAAUCAGGAGCAGA